AUGCUCUCACGUGUUGCUGCAGUGAAGGCACCCCGCAAACACAACCGUCGCCACGUGACCGGAUCCAGCGGAAGGAGUAGGGAAGGAAGAGAGAGUGAGCGGCAGAGGCCCAACAUGUCCCGGCGUGUGUUUGCUUCCGCGGUGCUGCUCCUCCUCGUCGUGAUGAUGUGCUGCGGCAGUGGUGGAGCUGCAGCCAAUAAUAAGGGGGCUUCAACUCGGGGAACUUCAUCGGAGAAAUAUUUUGAUUGGAGAGAUAAAAAAGAAGGAGAAACAGUGAGUUUGCUCCGUGUCCCCAGUCUUGUUGAGAUGGAUGGCGAAGUGUUUGCCGUUGUCGAGGCGCAGUGCACUGAAGCCAGCAAGAGCGGUUUUACUGGGAUUGCCUCGGAGCUCUUGACGUUAACUGAUCAGGAAUCAAAAGAAUUGGGUACAGCCCAAUUGAAGACACAAGUACUGGAGGAAUGUCCUGCCCAAAAUAAGAAUUGUGCCCCCCAUUCAGAAGUUUCGGCUGGUUUUCAGAGUAAGACGAAAGUACAUAUGAGCCGACCAACAACAGUUGUGAAGGGAAGUGAUAUUCACAUGCUUGCUGGAACCUACAGUUUUGAAGUUACUGAAGGCGUUGAUCAGACAGCUGCAGCAGCUAAAUGGGGACUUUUGGUGGUGAGCGGCAACGUCAGUACUGAGGGCAGCGAUAAAAGAAUUUAUUGGAACGACGCUUACGUUAUCCCGUCGACUUAUUUUGAAAAGCAACACGAAUCCUUGACAGGGCUGAUUGGUGGCGGUGGAUCUGGUGUUAAGAUGAAGGACGGUACGCUUGUGUUGCCCGUGGAAGGCACGAAGAAUGGAAAGACCGUUUCGCUGAUCAUAUACACAGCCACUGAUGGUGGGAAUCUGUCGAAGGGGAUGUCUGCCGAUGGCUGCAGCGAUCCCUCCGUCGUGGAGUGGAAGGACAAACUCAUGAUGAUGACUGCGUGUGGUGAUGGCCGCCGCAGGGUGUACGAGUCCGGCGACAAGGGGAAUACGUGGACGGAGGCACUCAGGACACUCUCGCGCGUGUGGGGCAACAAACAAAAGGAAGGUAAGAGACGCGGGAGCGGUUUCAUCACAGCGACGAUUGAGAACAGGGACGUGAUGCUUGUCACUCUGCCGGUGUAUCCCAAAAAGGAGAAAAAUGGAAACAACAAUGGAAAGGGCGUACUCCAUCUUUGGCUGACGGACAAUACGCGCAUUGUUGAUAUUGGGCCGGUAUCCGGGGAAGCUGAAGACGUUGCCGCCAGCUCCCUGCUGUACAAAAGUGGUGCAAUUAAAACUGAUAAUGAGAAAAAGGAGGGGUUGAUUGCACUGUACGAGAAGAAGGGCGAUGCGGAAUCAUCACUCGGUAUGGUCUCUGUGCGUAUGACUGCGCAGCUGCAGCGGGUGAAGGAGGUGCUGGCGACCUGGAAGAAAGUGGACGAAACUGUCUCCGAGCUGUGCCCUUCUGAGGGUGCUGUGCAGGCUCCCUCAACUGACAAUGCCUGCAGCCCUACUGUUAAGAUCACGGAUGGGCUGGUUGGCUUUUUGUCCGGCAACUUCUCUGAUGACACAUGGAGGGACGAGUACCUCGGGGUGAACGCCACAGUAAAGAAGGGAGCGGAAGAAGGAGCGUCAGCGGGAGUAGCAGAGACUGCAGGGUCUUCAGAUGGAGUGAAGUUCCGGGGAGCGUGGGCGGAGUGGCCUGUUGGGAGGCAGGGGGAGAAUCAGCUGUACCACUUUGCGAACUACAACUUCACUCUUGUGGCGACGGUGUCCAUCCACAAUCUGCCGAAGGGAGAUAACCCCAUUCCAUUGAUGGGUGUGCGUCUGGACGGUGGGAAAAAACUUAUGGAGUUGUCGUACGACAGCCAAAGAAAGUGGCGGCUGUUGUGCAGUGACGGAACGACCAAGAGGCUUAAAAGCACUUGGGCGACAGAGACGCAGUACCAGGUGUCCAUUGUGCUACAGAACGGAAAACAAGGCUCCGCGUACGUCGAUGGUCAGCGUGUGUGUGGGAGUGCGCAACGUGGAUUGGAAGCAACAGAAUCGCAAGAGAUUUCCCACUUCUUCAUUGGAGGGGAUGGAGGCAGCGCAGGGGGCCAAGGAGACGUCUCUGUGACUGUGAGGAACGUCAUGCUGUACAACCGCCCGUUGACUUCUUCUGGCCCCGAUGCCGAAGUGGAAAAAGAUGUUGCGUCACCAGCAGAAGCUGUUUCUCGUGCCAAAACAGGGGACGAAAUAAAAACGGAGGGGAAGCCUGCCACCACACAGCAAGUGCCGACGGCCCCGGGGUCCCAUGCCGUUGGAGAAGCAGCGGGCAAUGUCGGCACUGUGCGUGGGAGCGGACUGCUGCCGCUGCUCCUUCUGUUGGGACUGUGGGUGUUUGCGGCUCUGUGA